GAAGUAAACCUAUGGCAUGUGACUGUGGGCGGGCCCCUGUUAUUCUUGGAGAUCUGCUCCGGCCUGCCCGACCAAUGGCGGCUUGCGUACAGAGGGUGGGGCCUAGGUUUGCAUGUGAUGAUGGGAGCGGCGGGUGCCCGAAGUGCCGAGAGGAGUGGUCGCUGCCUGGAGUUCCCGGUCCGCUGUAUUUAUUAUAGCACUCCCUCCGGGUGCUCGGUGCAUGGGAGGCGAUUAUUUCCUGAUAGGCUUCGCUAUUAACGCCGGCAGUUAGCUGUCAGUAAACGGCUGGUGUAGGUGAUAGAAAAGUAAACACAGCUCGGGAUUGUUUACGCCCUGUGAAUACGGUUAAUCACCGGCGGCCUCGUCCAUUCACCGUCUUCCGGUUUCUUAAAGAAGAUGGUGGAUCGUUUGGUACAUAGCGAAGCUAAUGCAAGGCGUAUUAACCAGGUGGAGAGCUGUUUUGGAACAGCUGGCCAACCUUUAGCUAUACCUGGAAGAGUCCUUAUCGGAGAAGGCGUGUUAACAAAGCUUUGUAGGAAGAAGCCAAAAGCCAGACAGUUUUUCCUGUUCAAUGACAUCCUUGUUUAUGGUAAUAUUGUCAUACAGAAGAAAAAAUAUAAUAAACAGCACAUAAUUCCCCUUGAGAACGUUACCAUUGACUCGGUCCCAGAUGAAGGAGACCUGCGGAAUGGGUGGCUUAUAAAGACUCCUACAAAAUCGUUUGCCGUGUAUGCUGCGACGGCUACCGAGAAGUCCGAAUGGAUGAAUCACAUUAACAAAUGUGUAUUUGAUUUGAUAUCGAAAAGUGGAAAGACUCCUAAUAGUGAACAUGCUGCAGUCUGGAUUCCAGAUUCAGAGGCUACGGUCUGCAUGCGUUGUAAGAAAGCAAAGUUUACAGCGGUAACCCGCAGACAUCACUGCCGGAAGUGUGGAUUUGUUAUUUGUGCACCUUGCUCCGAGAAGAAGUUUCUCCUCCCCAAUCUGUCCUCGAAGCCCGUGCGGGUUUGUGAUUUCUGCUACGAUUUACUGUCCAGCGGUGAAGUGAACUGCCAGCCUUGUAGAUCGGACUCUUUUUCCAACUCUCCAAGAUCUACAAACCAUUUGUCUGAUGAUGACGACGACGAGGAUAGUAGUGACUAAACUUCAAGAAAAACUCUUAUGUUUUGGUGUGAGCUGCUUCGAGAAGGGUUUUUUUCUUCCUUUGGCUAUCUGUUAACCCUGUUUUUGCCUGAGAAUAUAUAACUUAAAUGUGCCUGUGUGAAAGAAAUACUUCCUUCAGGGAAAAAAUGUCGAAAUCGCUAAUAACGUGUUACUUCAGCUCAGUGUGUUCCGGUUCUGAAAUACUAUAAGACGUUGAAUCUGUGGCUUUUCAACUCUUGAGAUAUCUAAUUCUUUUGAAAUUGGCAGCAGGUGCAUCCAAACGCUUACGAAGUACAACCUUUUCGCCUCUCUGAUGCUGCCAUAUUGUAUUGUGGAAGUAAGCGUUCAGCAAUCGUACAAGAGCAGCCGCGACGUGCCUUAUCACAGCUGAAAUGAGGGUUUUAUGACUUAAUCAGACGCAUGGUGCUUGAUUAAAUUUUAUAGGAAUAAAGUAUCACUCUACAUAAUAUAAA